GGGCACCUCCCCCAUGCAGCCCAGGCCCGCCCGCCCGCUCUCCUGCUCGCGCUCCCGCACAUCUGGCCCUUCCGCGCACAUCUGGGCAGCUGGCGGCGCCACAGCAUGAACAGCUCCCAAGCGGGCGCUUCGCCCCCCGCCACCUGGCUGAGCUCUUGCUGCAACCAGUCCGGGGAGCCGCUGGAGCCCCCCGAGGGGCCGCGCGUCGUGCAGGCGGCGGUGCUGGGAGUGCUGUCGCUGCUCGUGCUCUGCGGGGUCCUGUUCCUGGGCGGUGGCCUCCUCCUCCGCGCCCAGGGCCUGAUGGCGAUGCUGGUCCGCGAGCGGCGCGCGUCCCGCGAGGCCGAGCCCAGCAGUGCCAGCGGAGGCGAGGACGACUCCUAGGCUCCCGUGCGCUCCAGGGUCUCGGCCUCCAAGCGGCCCAGGACUGGGCACCCAACGGGGGGCUGCGGAGCGGGGGGCACCAUGUCCUUCCCCCGAGGCUGGCGCCCGCUCAGAUUCUUGAGCCUCCUGUGGUGUAUCUCCCAGAGUUCUGCCGCUCUCCUACAGCACCGGGGGACCUGCUGCCUUUGAUCCUUGAGUGGUGCAGACAAGACCAGGAGAAAGCUGGCUUGUGGUGAGGCGUCUACCCGGGAUCCUUGCGCUCAGCCCCGCCUCUCCUUUGCUCCAUUCUGCCUCCUGCCACACCGCACCGCACUGUGGGUGUGGGGCUGGGGGGGUCAGCGCUCUAGGGAUGAAGGAGCGCCCUGAGCCACCACUGCAUGUCCGGGGUGCUGGAGUGGACAAACACCCUUGGAUGCUCAGUGCAGCUGAUGCUGGCUACGCCCUUUACUGGCUGGCCUCCAACAACACACGUGCCGCCCCUUUCCCAUCUCUGAUACCUGGCUCCUGUGGUCUGAUAGGUCAGUGACCUGUCCCUACUGAGGGCCGUGGGUCAGUGUCAUCCAUUUGGAGAUCUUGGUGUCCCAGCAAUGCCCUAUCACUCGCGUGGCUUGUUAUUAAAUAUGCUGGUAAUGCAA